AUGCGGAAUCUAAGGACAAUAGCAUAUCGUGAGACUCAGCUACCGCAAGGUUUGCCACUAACAGCCACAGCAUGGGACACAGCGACGGAUGCAAUAAUCUGUGCAUUCGGACCAACUGCCACACAACCCGUCAUCGAGCUCAAAAGAAGAGUGGACACGUCGUCUUGUCAUGGUGAAUUCGUGACUAUAACUUCAUGGGACUCUCCAUGCCCACUGCCGUACUUAGAAUGCGAUCAGAUUCUGCAUCUCCAAUAUUUCUCGGACAUUGCAACAUGUUGCCUUGUCCUUGCUGGCGGAGAUGUUGUGGUUGUGCGUGAGGAUCCAAACCCUGACCAGGAGAAGAUCGAAAUCGUCGGCACCGUCGACGUCGGGAUCUGUGCGGCUGCUUGGGCUCCGGAUGAAGAACUACUGGCCAUUGUCACCCGUGCGGAUACACUCGUUCUGAUGAGUAGGACUUUCGAACUGCUCAACGAAGGUACCCUAUCGCCGGAAGACCUCAAGGUUUCCAAACAUGUGUCAGUUGGCUGGGGCCACAAGGAGACUCAGUUCCAAGGCCGACGCGCAAAAGCUAUGCGAGAUCCUACGAUGCCGGAAAAGGUUGACGAGGGCAAGCCAAGUCCUUAUGAGGAUAGCAAAGUCACGGUCAGUUGGCGAGGGGACGGGCAAUUCCUGGCCAUAAACAGCGUGGUACCUAAUCAUCGCCGAGUUAUUCGAGUCUUCACGCGCGAGGCUGUCCUGGACAGUGCCAGUGAACCGGUCGACGGUAUGGAAUCUGCAUUAAGCUGGAAGCCUUCAGGGAAUCUCAUUGCCAGUGUGAAGCGAUCCGAGGAUAGGAUUGAGAUUAUCUUCUUUGAGAGGAACGGGCUCCGUCAUGGUCAAUUCGAUCUUAGAAUGACAAAAGAACAAAUGCGCGAUUGGGCGUCUAGCAUUUCCCUUUUAUGGAACACAGACUCGACAGUUUUGGCCGUCGCAUUCAAGGACCGGGUACAGUUUUGGACGAUGGGGAAUUAUCACUACUAUCUGAAACAAGAGUUCCUAUUCCAUUCACCAUCAAGCAACUCGCCACUAAGAUGGCAUCCCGAAACACCCUUGAGGACGACCUGCGGUGACACCAAGAGGCUCCUCGACAUCACAUUCCUUUCCGCAGUUUCGAGGGGUGGCUUGAUCCCUCCCCAAGAUCAUGGCAUCGUCGGAGUCAUUGACGGCAGGACCUUGAAGCUCACCCCCUUCAAACAAGCCGGAGUUCCACCACCCAUGGCUUUCUGUGAGGUCCUCUUUGGCCACAAUAUUAUUGACUGCGCCAUCAGUCAGGAUGGCCAACGAAUCGCAGUCCUAACGACAGAUACCCUGGAGCUAUGCCAAUGGAAGACCCGCGCUAACAGUAAAGGCGACUUGAUAUUUAUGACUACGGUCGAGCGCUAUUCCUGUCAACUUCCGAGCCUGAAGACACAAUCAGACCCUCUCUAUCAUACUCAGGUGACCAUCAGAGGUGACGAGAUAUUUGUUGUCGCACCAAUGCAAUCAAGGACAACGGCGUCUUGUUGGAAGUUAAAGUGGCACGAAAGGUCAUGCAGCGCUUGGGAGCAAGUUCCUGCGCCUGAUUGUUCUGAAAGCCUAAUAACAGACAGCUUUUCCAAGUCUAUUUUCGCGACCGAUCCGUGUGAGAAUGCCACAGUCCCACUCUCAGGCUGUCCUAAGAUCAAACUGAGCGGUAGUCAGCCCAACAGCUCCAUCUUUACGCUCCACAACGACGAAUCUUUUCAACUGAACGAUGAGAUGAACGGCCACGCUCCGGAAUACCAUAAGGUCUCCCUAUCGCUCAAGGGAAACCUUUACAUCGACGACACGCUCCUCGUCCGCGAAGUGACGUCCUAUAUAUUGACCUCCACACACUUAAUCUUCACCACAUCCUCACAUCUCCUAAAAUUCGUUCAUAUCACUCAUCCUUCGGCAAUGCAAAUCCCCAAUGACACGCCAGAGAUCGACGAACGGUGCAGAAACAUCGAAAGAGGCGCACGGAUCGUGACAGCUAUCCCGUCCAUCUACGCUGUGGUUCUCCAGAUGCCGCGCGGAAACCUCGAGACCGUCUACCCACGUCUGCUAGUUCUUUCGGGAAUACGCAGGCAUCUUAAGCAGGAGGAUUACCUUGCUGCUUUUCUGGCCUGCCAAACCCACCAAGUCGAUAUGAACAUUCUGUAUGACUAUGAUCCAGACACCUUUUUGUCUAACGUGCCCAAAUUCAUCGAUCAACUUCGGACGCCCAGCCGGGUGGAUGGUUUUCUCUCGAAACUCAGGGAUGAGGACGUCACGCAGACACUCUACCGCGAUACGACAUUACAACCUCAAUUUGACCCACAGGCACGAUCCUUAUCCAAUCCAAAACCCACCUUCGUUCUGGGGAGCAAAAUCAAUAAGAUCGCCAACACGUUCCUUUCCAUCCUGUCUUCAAAACCCUCCUCUUACUUGCAAACUAUUAUAACGGCCCAUGUCUGCAAACGCCCUCCAGACUUGACCUCUGCCUUAAAACUGGUCUCCACCCUCCUUCAAACAUCAAAAGAAGAAGCGGACGUUGCAAUCUCUCACCUUUUUUUCCUCACACCCAACCCAUCCCUACUGUUCGACGCUGCCCUGUCCCUCUACGAUCUCGGGUUGACACUCCUCGUUGCGCAGAAUGACAACUCGAGAGAUCCAAGGGAAUACAUGCCCUAUCUGCAAUCUCUCCAGGAACUACCGGAAUUGAGGUGCAGGUAUGCGAUCGACGAUCACCUCAAGAAACACAGCAAAGCACUGGUCUCGUUGCAUGCGAUGGGGGAGCACGAGGAAGCCGUAAUCUACACGGCAAAACAUUCCUUGUACACCACAGCAAUGGAGCUGUACAAAUACAAUCAAGUUCAUUUGACAGAGAUUACGCGCAUGUACGCUGAAUAUCUCACAACCCAAAAAUCCCACCAUGCGGAAGCCGCUACGCUUUACGAAUCCCUCCGCGAUUACGAUGCUGCGUACAAGCUGUACGCAUUGGCACACAAGUGGCGGGAAGCACUGACCUGCGCGACUCUGGUACCCCUGGCCGCUGCGCAGGUUCAAUCGCUUGCUCAGAGUAUGGCCACAACAUUGAUGGAUGAGAACCGCGACUAUCGAGCAGCAGCCACAAUCCACAUUGACUAUCUCUCCAAUAUCCCCGAGGCGGCAAAACUCCUGUGCCGUGGAUCUUAUUUCGCUGAAGCAAUGCGCGUUCUCGCCCUUGACAACCACCCAGUUUCAGAAAUCCACCAGAUCAUAGACGCUGGGCUAGGCGAAAAAGUCGGCGAGAUACUCGAGCUCCUCGCAGACUGUCGCGCACAACUCACCGCCCAAGUCCCGCGCAUCGCUGAGCUGCGCAAGAAAAAAGAGGAAGACCCCUUGGCUUUCUUUGGGGGUGAUCCCACCACUAUCACUGCGGACGGUAGUGGCGCUGCUGUAGGCGAUAACAUCCCGGAUAACAUUUCCCUCGCACCCACGGACGCCAGCACACUGGGCGGCCAGAGUCUCUUCACCCGUUAUGGUAGCAACGCGAGCAAGUUCGGCGGUACGGUGGCGUCCAACGUGUCCAGGAAAACGUCCAAGACGAAACGCCGCGAAGAGCGCAAGCGUGCCCGUGGUAAAAAGGGCUCCGUCUACGAGGAAGAGUACCUCGUUGCCAGCGUCGGCAGGUUAAUCCACCGCGUGAACGGCCUCCAUGACGAAGUCGGUCGUCUCAUUGCGGGUCUCUUGAGACGCGGCAUGCGAGAACGAGCGAGACAGGUCGAUGAAAACAUGAAAGAAAUCUGUCAGGCCUGCGAAAGAGCCAGAGAGGACGUCUGGGAAGUGGAAAGAAAGGAUGAGAAAGAUGGCCAAGAAGAGAGUACGUAUGAUAAAGAUGGACAAGGAAGACCUCCUGGGGCAGAAGGUGUGUUUUGGGAUAGUCAGCAGGAAAGCCAGAAAAAAAGAGAAGCACCUGAGGUGAAGGGUUGGAUUUCAAGUGAGCCCUUAGCCUCAUAA